UCAUUCUUUCCUGUCACAGGGACAUCAGAUUUCUGGGAGCAUCUCUAAAUGGUUACCUUUGAUUUCUGGACCUGGCUUGUGCCACAGUAGUAGCAGACUGUUUGCACAUUCUCGUCACCUCUGCUAUCUUAAGCUCAUUUCUGCACUGUUUUACCGAAGAACCCAUUUAAAAGAGCCAGUGAAUCUUGUAGAAAAUGGCGUUCAGUGAUCUUACGUCGAGGACUGUGCGUUUUUAUGAUAAUUGGAUCAAAGAUGCUGAUCCAAGAGUUGAAGACUAUCUCCUCAUGUCCUCGCCUCUGCCACAAACCAUCAUCCUGGGGCUCUAUGUCUAUUUUGUUACGUCUCUGGGACCAAAGCUCAUGGAGAACCGGAAGCCCUUUGAACUCAAGAAAGCGAUGAUAACGUACAAUUUUUUCAUAGUACUGUUUUCUGUGUAUAUGUGUUAUGAGUUUGUGAUGUCUGGUUGGGGUACAGGUUACUCAUUUCGGUGUGACAUUGUUGACUAUUCUCAGUCGCCAAGAGCAAUGAGGAUGGUGCACACCUGCUGGCUUUAUUACUUCUCCAAAUUUAUCGAGCUGUUAGACACUAUCUUUUUUGUUCUGCGUAAGAAAAACAGCCAAGUGACUUUCCUUCACGUCUUCCAUCAUACGAUCAUGCCGUGGACCUGGUGGUUUGGAGUCAAAUUUGCUGCAGGUGGUCUGGGAACAUUCCAUGCCUUUUUAAAUACAGCCGUGCAUGUGGUCAUGUAUUCCUACUAUGGGCUAUGUGCAAUGGGACCAGCUUACCAGAAGUAUUUAUGGUGGAAAAAACAUUUGACAUCUUUGCAGCUUGUCCAGUUUGUUCUCGUCACUAUCCACAUAGGCCAGAUCUUCUUCAUGGAGGACUGCAAUUACCAGUACCCAGUUUUUCUGUACAUCAUCAUGAGUUACGGAUGCAUCUUCCUGCUGCUCUUUCUCCACUUUUGGUACCGUGCUUACACCAAGGGUCAGAGGUUGCCCAAAACUAUAGAAAAUGGGAAUUGCAAAAGCAAGCGCCACUAAAAUACAAACACAACCUGGAUUUACAGUGGAGACUGAUAUCUUGCCUUCCUCGACAAUCAAGACAUACUUGCCUAUGCAGUGCAUUUUGUAUAUUUUUCAAAACCAAGAGCUUGUAUUUUUAUGAUAAGUUAUUGGGUUUCUGAUCUCUGAGUCCGAAGCUCCUAGAUAAGUCUUCUCAGUGGAAGAGCCUGGAACAGCCAGGAGGUUUCAUGUUGCCUUUUAAACCACUCAGAGGUCUUAAUACAGCUUGCUACAUCAAGAGGAGGAUAUGAAGUAAUGUAGUGCUCUUCUAGGAACUCCAGAAAUGAUGACAAAUACUAGCUAUUUUGAACAUGGACAGAGGUCCACAGAGUACGAUAGAUUCCUCCUGCUUGAUGUGGAAACCCCUGAUGCUGGGUUCUGUCUGUCACUCACCCCUUAUAUUCAGAAGACAUUACAUUCAUCCUAGGGCUCAGUUCUAAAGCGCUAACACGAGUGAAGCCUAAGUGGAUUCUUGAUAAGCUCUCAUUCUAAAUUGUUAAUGGUAAGUUUGAAUGGUCUUCUGGGUCGUUGCCACAAGAUCCACCCACAAGACUUCCUCCCAACUCAUGUACAAGCUGUUUGGGGCAGUGAUGCUUCGGUAUCUGCACUGAUGCCUUUGAGCCCAAGGUGGAGGUAACUUUAUGUUGCAAACAAGAUGAUUUGUCUCAACGGUUAAUGAACGCUUUGCUAAUGAUGAUUCUACAAUUAACUUUUGUGCAUGUCUGAAAAGAGGGAUGUGUCGAUUAAAAAAAAAUGUUGUGGGAUUCAGUGGGGGAAAGGUAUAAUCUGUUGUAGUAUAAUGAUAUGUCAUUAUACUCUGAUAUGUCAUGGGUUAAGGGAUUGUUUUGCCAAAGUAUGUAUUGGUUAGAUAUUUAAGUGUUCAUGUGAUUGACUUACCUCAGAUGCUUCUGAAUCACAUAUUAAUUUUUGAAUAUCUACUAUGCAAAUGGCUUAUGAAGCAACUGGAGUUGAGUGGUGCCAAGUAUCGGAGGCAAGAUUUGGUUAACAAAUAAACAAGGGGUGUUAGAUCCUGAGAGAUAAAGACACUGAAUUAUGAUUGUAUAUUAUAUAUAUAUAUAUUUAGUGUUGUGGAUACACUGCAUGAAGAGCUAUUUUCCAGAAUCAUGAAUUAGCCAGGAUUUCCAUUUCUUCAGACUUAUAAGCCAUAUUGUGAAGGGCUGAGAUUCAUGUGGCAUUCCCCACCCCCACCCCUCUUUAAAAAUGCUACUUUCUAUGAUUUCCUUCUUCUUUCCGGUGAAUCAGAACAACUUAGCAAUACUUGGAUGCUUGUGAAGAUGUCUAUAUUAUUUACUUUUCCUCUUCGAAGGACUUUUCAAAAUCAGUACGCCUUGGUCAUGUGCACCACACAGCGUUGCUCUUUUUACAACAAAGCCCGAGUCCUCGUUGACCAUAAACUCUUGAGUUUUGCCUGCCCUCUCCUGAUCCAUUACUCUGUCUCCACAUUCACUCAGUUUAUAAAGUUAUUUGCCAUUGAGUGGCCUUUAGUGAUUCCACUUGCUUACAAUGAGAAGCAGAGGACAAUAGGGAGCUUUUCAUACUUAAAAAAAAAAAAAAAGCCACAGGCAAGCUGAGCUGCAGGGAACAGCGGUGCUAGCCUGUCGCUGAGAAGGUCUCAGGGAUCCAUGUUUUCCUAUGUUGACUCUGUGUGUCCAGCCUGGGUUAAGAUGGGAUGGGAUGGUAGACACUGGCACAUACACAUGCAAUCCCAAAGACUCAAUUAGGGCAAAGACCCAACAGAAUCGAAAAUAGAGAAGAAGACAGGAGACUUUGAUUUAUUUCCUCUCCUAGACUAUAUACCCUCUCCACCCCUCCUCCAGGUAUUUAAAAUGUCUGACAUGCCUACAGACUAACAUUGAGACAUACCACAUUCUUAACUAUAUGAAUGAAGGCAGGGAGGUGGACGUUAUAUGGAAACAGAUGAAGGUUGACAGUCAGUGUCCCCCAGGUAAGUGUUGGUGGAGCAGAGUGAGUGUCACUGGUUGUAGGAUUUGUGUGGGCAGUGUCCAGUCAAGUGGAGUCUCUAAUGGGGUUUACCUACUUUUCAGGACUUUAUUGCCUUUAAAUUUGCUUGCCUAAUAAGCAAAAAGCCCAGCUGUUAAGUAUAGUUUACUAUAAAAGCUCUGUGAGUCCUUGAGGUCCAGUGUACAUGAUAUAAAUAUAGAAUUUAAAUUAUCUGUGGAGUAUUAUGACUUUCUGUCUUCAUACUUAAUGAGAUUUCUAAUUUGAGUAUAUACUGCAUUGUUUCAUAGUUUGGGAAAUUAUGAGAUUGUAUCCCUCGGCUAUCUCUUAUUUCUGAUCACUUUUUAAUGACUGUGGAAGUUGUGAGAAGUUGGACUUGUUCUCCGUGCUAUAAUAAAUCUGUGGCAUCACAUGGACGUGUGUGUGUGUGUGUGUGUGUGUGUGUGUGUGUGUGUGUGAUUUUGGAAUCUAGCUGCUUUGGUUUGCCUGUGUGAGUGAUCCUAAAUCUGAGUAUUCUCUUCGUCGAAGCACUUGGCACACUCAUGUGCCAGCUGUCUUCAGAGUACUGUGCUGAAUGAGAGUGAUUCAAAAUGCCCACUGGAAUCACCUGUAUCUUAUCACCCCACGGAUGGAUGUUCAAACAGCACAGCACAGGUACCACAGGAGGCCAAGUCCUGCCAUUCACAAAUUCAAAAAAUACUAUGAAGACAUUUGAAGGGGAGUAUGCAAUAUGCAAAAUGUGUAAAAUCCAAAAUGGAUAGUAGGUUAGUAGACCAGAUGUCUGCAAAUAACAAGGGGCUUAAGAGAUGGCUCAGUGGUUAAGAUACCUUAUCGUUUUGGCAGAGGACCUGGAUUUGGUUCUCACACGACAACUCAAAACUGUCUGUAACUCUAGUUCCAAAGGAUCCAACAUUCACUCCUGGCCUCCACGGACAUCAGGCACACCCAGUGUUCUCACACAUACACACAAAUGAAUGCUUAUACACAUAAACCUAAAUAAAUAAGAACUUAAAAAUAAUUUUGUCACGCUUAACUGAAAUAACAGUUUCUAGGCACCAAUCACCUACAUUUGUUAAAACAACUGAAGGAUGAGUGCCAGGGAAGCUGGGGCUGGUGACUGAGGCUGGUGCGGUCUGAAGCCACUCAUCUUCUCAAUGCCGAUCAAAGUGAGAUGCCCAAGUGCUCAUUUCUUUUUUAACAUGCUAUUGGAUUAUGAAAUCUCUUUGCCCCAGUUUGUGUUUUGAACUUGAACUUAAAUGUCCGUUUCUAAAUCAGUACUACUACUACUACUACUACUACUACUAAUAAUAAUAAUAAUAAUUCUGUUGAUAUAGGAAGAUGUUUAAAGAGACAAAGUAGAUCAAAUCAGCCAGAUCCAAGGUAUUAAAGUAUAGGAAUUUCAUCAGACAGGUGGCCCAAUUUAUUCACCAAAAGUGACCUUAAAGGGACAGAAAGUCAAAAAAGGAAGAGGGGGACUAUGGAUUCCAGUGGCAGAGAACCUGCUGAGCAUGGUGUAGCCUCCAUCCCCUGCCUUACCACAAGGAAACUGAAGUAAAGACAUGAAAGGAAGUCUAGUAACUUGAGACCUAAAUUUUAACAAUAAUUGUAUUUGGAUAUAAAUUUGAACAAACCAAUUACAAAAGGAUUUUUAAAUAAUUACACAUGGCAUAAAUAUUAGAUGAUCCUAAGAACUUAACACUGGAUAUAAUCUCUGUACCGCAGCCAGACUUUUGAAAAGUUCUAAUCCAUGAAGACAUAUGUGUCUGCUGAUGCACGUGUGUUGUGUAUAAUUGACAGUUGUCUGGUUUUAGUUUAAAAUAUCCUUAGAAUAAGAAAGGCAAGUGUUAGCUCUUCUAGGCCAAUGGUUCUCAACCUUUCUACGGCCAUGACCUUUUAAUAUAGUUCUUCAUGUUGUGGUGACCCCCCAAGCAUAAAAUUAUUUUUGUUGUACUUCAUAACUGUAAUUUUGCUGCUGUUAUUAGUCUUAAUGUAACUAUCUGAUAUACAGCUCCUGUGAAAGGGGGCUGAGACCCACAGAUUGAGAAGCCUCUGCUCUGGUCGAACAGUUUAUACAUAAGAAAACAGUCAAAUGUAAUGAAUGAAGCCUUAAAAUCAAUAAAUAUACAUGUGUCUGUGCAUUAAUUGCUAUUGUAAGAAGGCUUGGACUGACAGCAUGGCUCAGCAGGUGAAAGUGCUUGCUGCUAAACUUGACGGCCUAAGUUCUAUUCCCCAGGACCUGUAUGGGGGAGGGAGAGGACGGACUCCUGAGAGUUGUCCUCUGACCUCCACACACUCCACAGUACAUACGUGCAGUCCUCCCAAAUAAAUAAAUGCAUUUUUAAAGUUUAAAA